AUGUCUUCACCACGCACACCGAAGCCGAAAGAGGAUGCACAAGCCGUGUUUCAAGUGCUGAAGGCGGGUGGCAUUGCUAUUCUCCCGAUGAAUGUCGGCUACGGAAUCGUCGCAAUUGACCCGGAUGCACUGAAACGUAUAGUCAAUGUGAAACAGCGCCAAUCUCAGAAGCGAAAUGGAAUGAUCGGCAGCUACUCUCUGCAUCAAGAAAUUCAUGUUCUUCCCCCGCAACAAGCUGGUAUAGUCAAACUUUUGACUGUCGAUUUGAGCAUACCUCUGGGCGUUAUUGCGCCAUAUCGCCCCGAUCAUCCCAUUAUUCGAAAACUCCCACCAGAUGUGUUAGCACAAAGCGUUGUCGAGGAUACUCUUGCAAUGUUGAUAAGCGGAAACACCUUGGUAGAGGAAUUAUCCCGACUUGCUGCUAUAGAGGAACUGCCUCUAUUGGGAUCAUCGGCGAAUCUCACGGGCAAGGGAGCAAAGGGAGUGGUGGAGGACAUAGAGCCUGAAGUCUUCAAGGCCGCGGACAUAGUUGUUGACUACGGAAGACAGAAGUUCCAGUUCCCACGAGCCUCUUCUACUAUGGUUGAUUUCAGAACAAUGAGAAUAGUGCGUUACGGGGCUUGUUGCGAUGUGGUGAGGGACGUUCUUCGCCGCUUUUGUAAUAUUAAUGUCCCCGAUGACCCUACAACGUUGGUUCCUUGA